ACUAAGACUAAUUUCUACCAAUCAUCUUCUGUCCAGCUGCUCAUCUGUACAUCAUGCGAGACCAGAUGAGUUAGAUUGUGCAACGAAGUGACGGAAGUUGAGGUUUGAAACAAAAAAGGUUCAGCAAGCUCACAUAUAAUUAAUCGUCAGCGCGACGACAUGCGGUGUUGGUAAUCGGGUUCUUUUCGCUUCGAUUUUACCUACUCACUCGACUACGACUGGUUUGUGCUGCCAAACCCGUCUAUUCUCCUUUUCAUCUCCAUCGAUUACUUCUAACACGUCCUUCCAUGCGAAGCAGAAGAAGAUGUGUAGUUGAAAACAUGGACACUAGUGCAGAAAAUUUCACUUUGAUGUCUUUUCCUGGAACGAUCUCAUGUAAUCCAGGAAGAGAAUUCUACAGAUUUAUGCAUAAGUUGCACAGCAGCGCGACGUCGAAAUCAUUACACGGCCCAUAAAAGUAGAGACUAAGUAAACACUUCUACAACGAACAUAAGCAAUGGGAAAUGGAACUGUUACAUAGGAAUUUAGGUAGUAUUUGUAACCAAUACCAAAAAACCAAAUAUAAAUCCUGCUUUGCAACGCGCUAAACUGAAUCGAAGUAAGCAGUGGAAAUUGAGUUAUGCGAAUCAGAUAUGUUGAUAUAAUUAUGAAACGCAACCUGCACAUCUCCCCGUGCGCGUUGGCAAGCUGAACGGAUACCUCUUGCUUUGAUUUAAUGAAAACGAGGUGCUAGGCGCCGUAACAAACUGAUAACUAUGACAGUGCCAGUGGUGCAUCAUCGGACACGAUGACGAUGACGAUGUGUUAAUGCAGCAAACACGAAUUGCCGAGGGCAGACCGGUACUCCGCUGGUGGGAUUGUGUUCCAUUGACUGUUGCUCCGCAUAUCCGCAACCGCAGACUCAUCUCAUGAUAAAAAAAGGAUCAGGUCACCAGAGGGUAAAUGGCACUAGCCACGUGGUGUGGUUCCCCAGGGGAAGGAUACGAUGGGAGCCCGAGACUGCUAGACAAAGCACAGGCACGGACACGCUUGAACAUGCGCCACAAUUGAGAAAGAGCCCGAGAAGUGUCAGCCUUGGCGGGGCGUCAUCGGGCGCGUUGCCGCGGGGCGGCGGGCCUUAUUAGUGCGCGCAGUUUGCCUCUGGAGGAUAUGUGGACGCCAGGCAGGGGUGGAAGCGCCUGCGGGCUUAUCUUCAAGAGGAAGGCACACGAAGGCACAUGCCAAGCCACGCCUUGGGAAUUUGUUCGCUGGGGUCUGAGGCAUUCAGAGGCCACGCCGGCCCGCGGGGGUUCAGAGGUGUAGGGCGUUGCCCGUAGGGCGCGGCACUGCAAGCAGGUGAUGCGACUGCCCGCAAGCACGCGGCGCGACUGCAUGAGGCCGCCGCCUCGCACCAUCGGGCAGCGCAGGCCACGGGCUUGGGCGAGAGGAGAGCGCGGCACCAAGGCGGACGCCUUAAGCUUCAAAGCUCACUCUUUAACUGCGUGAGCCCGGGGCUGGGGGGAGAGGAGAGCGGGAAGCCAAAGCGCGCCGGCGCUUUCACUUUCAAAAUUCUUGCCUUGUUCUAACCUUCAAAAUUCAUGGCCUAACUUUCAAAAUUCACGCCCUAACUCACUGCCAAAAUUAAUAUAUUCCCUAACUUUCGAAAUUCAUGCUUUAUCUUUCAAAAUUCAGGGAGGCCUCACCUUUCAAAAUUCAUGCCCUAACUUUCACAAUUCUUUCACGUCCUAACUACUUUCAAAAUUCACCAUGCCCUAACUUUCAAAGUUCACGCCUUAACUUUCAAAAUUCACGCCGUAAUUUUCAGAAUUCACGCCAUAACAAACUUGCAAAAUUCAUGUCCUAAGAACUUUCAAAAUUCACGCCCUCGCAAACUUUCAGCGUUCACUUCCUAACUUUCAAAAUUCAUGGCUUAACUUUCGAAGUUCAUGAGUAUAGCAAAACGCUGCGCGUUUUUGGCGGUGUUGUCUCCGCGUGUCUUGGUCUUCAAAAUUCAAAACUCAAAACCAAAUCUCAAAGUCAAAACUCAGAAUGUUUAUGUAAUCAAAUGCAAAAGAUAAAAACCAAAACCAAGGCAAGACUUUACAAGUAAAGAGAAGAGAUUAGAGAUUACAUUAUAUCACUGACACUGCCUCAGCAGUCUUUUUAAUUUUAUUAAGCACGAAAUUCCUACAAGAGGCAAUUUUUGAAGUAGUUCUUGUUUGUACAUUCUUUUUCUUGUACUCGGCUAAAUUAAAAUGUGAUCAUCGAUCACAUCUUUUCUCUGAUUCUCGCACAAAAGAGAUCUGCCGAUUUCUAUUCAUUGAAGCAGAUGCGACAAACAGCUAUAUUAACUACUACAGCAGCAGAUCACUUCAAAUGGGCUCAUUUCCGUUAAAAGCUCUAUGCUCGGCCUCGGCCACAACCCACGAUUCUCCAUGAUCCCCCGACUAUCUAAGAUCAAAACUCAAAACGAGAUCAAUAAGCCUAAAAAUACUUGAGAUCGAGCUUAAAACUAUGAUAAUCACGCGCUUAACCAUAACCAAAAGCCAAAAAAGAUGUCCUUUUCCGUUUCUGAGGAAGUCACAUUGGUGAGGAAAUCUCCUCCGACGGAAAGCGACAUCGCGUGGGGAUUUGCCUCCGAGUGUGGGGAGUGGACGGCUUUAAGUUCUCCGGUGGCUAACCAGCCGUUGCAGGAAGAUAUCGUCUCGGUGAAGAAAUAUUUCAGCGAUCUCGAAGCACAUCUACAUUUAGGGCUCAUCCUACGCUCCCGGCUCGGCCAUCUCAACUGCGAUAGAAGGACCGUCUGUCACCCUCUACCAGCCACGGAACAUGAUAACUACUUUUGAAAUAUACAACAAACAGAAAGAAUAAAAAUGAUAUAGCUGGGGGGACAUUAUACAUUUGCAUAUCGACGUCGACCUGUGCCAUAGGCUACAAAGAUCAUGAUCGGGUACAACUACAGCUACACCACGACGUACAGGGAAAUAUAUAGAACAAAUGUGUAGAUGUUACUGCUAGUACUAGGACUAGGAGAUGAAGUGCUGGCCCUUGUUCUAAUCUACGAGUGUCCCGAAAACUACGCUGAUUUUGCGAGUAUAGAUUGCCUGAUGGUUCGGCCCAAUGGGGUGUAUAUGCGGAAUGCUGGCCUCGGAAGCCGUGAAGAAAUGUGCAAGACUUACCUGACCUGGCUCGCACCGCAGAAGUUAGUGGGUUUUGACAAUAUUCGGUUCUCAGGAGAGAAGAAGGACACCUGCGCGUGCCAAGUACGAAUGUAUCAGAAGUUUCAAUACGGAGCCACGUCAGAAACGACGACUUUGGAGGAGGACGUUGCAGUCUUCACCUUCGCUUUGGAAAAAGUACCAGCAGAAGACGUGGAGAAGUGUACGCAAGAGUACAUAAGUAUUUAGGGUAAGAGCAGCAAGAGCAUAGAUCUCUUACUCCUAGUUUUCCAGUACGUGUAGUCAGUCGAUCAGGUUGAACACGCAGACACGAAAGAUUGUUCGUAGAACUAGGCACCAGUAUGAGUAUGACGACUCCACGAGGUAUGACUUUUUAUAAUCGACUAGGUAGAAGUAGUAGUACUACAACUUCUGCUAGUAGAAGUUAGUUUUAGUAGACAGAGGAAUAAUUAGUAAGUUUAAUCCUUUGAAUACAAAAUUCUAAUUCAAGCUUGACUUCAAGUUGUAGCUCCUUUGCUGUUCUUCUUCUUCUUCAUAGAUUCCGUGAUAAACAAGACCUCGUGGCGCGCCAUACUGGUGCAGAGGUGUGUUGGAGCUCCGCCUGCAGUGGAAGAUGCACAACCCAGAAAAUAUACGAUGGAUCUCCCGGUCGCCCCAAAGGAUGUAGACUUCUUAAGCUCGGGCAUUCGAUUGCGGAAUGAGGUCAGCUGACUUCAUCCUCCGGCGAGGAAUAUUUUGAGCUUCACCGAGAAUGAACGAGAGUGUGUGCGAGUAUGUAGAAGACGAUGACUUACAGAUUCAUAUGAAGACUUUUUGACCAUGACCAUGUGAUUGGAUCCUAAUCGAAGUAAAUGCCGGUUGACGCUUUGUUAUUGUUAACGAGACAGAAAUGAAACUUUCGAUUCAGGCUGUCUUGAGACAUGAUUUCAUUGACACGCUCACCCUCAAUUUGCUCCACUGGCGCUAUACUUAUUCAAAACGCAUUAGACCAAGCCCUCGAAAUGCCCAAGCUGAAAGAUGAAGAUGUGAUCGACACAAAUAAUGUAGAGGAAAAUAGUUUGGUCUCUUUGGUCUUAUCAUCUUCUAUGGUGUAAGGUCUUGUGAGACGAAAGGGGCUCGGCAACGCGAAUGCCCUGAUCUGGAUCCCAUCGGGAUGAAGUAU